AGUCUUGAGCGAGCCGCCUCCUGUCUCUCUCUGUCGCCAUCGCAUUCCUCCUUGAUCACCAUUCCAGCAGUUAUCAUCUACCGCACCCACCACAUCGCCAACGAUGGAGAGCAUCCAGCUCGCGCAGAUGCUGGCAGAUCUUAGUGAUCUUAAUGCUGCGCAAGAGGCCGAGGCAGCACUUGCCCUUGUGAAUGCGAACAAGGCACUACCUCCCCCUCACGAUGCAUCCAAGCCUCUAGAGCAAGAUCAACUGCACCACCAACGUCCUGCGUCGGCUUCGGCAAUCAUCUCGUGGACAUCAUCCUCUGCAAAGUUUGAUAAAUUCGGUCGGCGCAUACUCACUCCCCCGAUGACACGAUCUAACUCCUCUAUGGGUCCUAUCUCGGGGACGUCGACCCCGCGCGGAGAAUCUCAGGCCGAGGACGACGUCGCCCGGGCUACUUCGCUGAUGCAGCUAUACGAGAUUCGAGCCCAGCUGAGGCAGCAAGACACCACGGGUCUCAACAGGGCUCGCGAGCGCAUCAAUGCCAUCCAAGCUAGGCAGCACCAACAAAUGGCACAUACCCCUGAAAAGAGGGAAACCUCCGAAAGUUCCCAAACACGCUUCACCUACCCGAAGGCGCCCUAAAUGGUCUUCACCACUAUUCAUUCCAUCCUACCAGCGGUCCUACUCCUUAUUGUUG